GAAAUAAAGAUUUACAAAAGUUUCAGCACUUUCCUUUAUUUAUUAAAGAAUAUCACUUUUGUGAAAAUUCAAUUUUGAUGUCUUCAGUUGCUGAACCUGCCGGGAUGAUGAGGAAGAGCUUCCGUCGUCAGAAAUCUCAGAGAUUAUGGGCGAAGGUUGUUAUGAGGAAGUGGUUGAACAUAAGUGCUAGAGAUCUUGAGUAUGGUGCUGAUACUGAAGACGAAUCCGAAAACGAGGACGUUGUAGAGGAAAACCAAGACUCUAGCUCCGACGAAGAUUAUGAAGAAUCGAGCACACAAAGGAGAGGAUCGACUCAAUCGUGGGUUAGUGAGAUCUCGGAGGAUCCUAUAACCGUCGCUGAAGCAGCCGCAGAGUUUGCUAGCAAUGAUGCUCCGUUGAAGUUAAGGAGAAGAAAUUCAGAAACAUUGAGGGUAAAACAUUUGAUAGUAUGUGUUGGUACGUGGAACGUAGGAGGAGUAUCACCACCUUCUGAUCUUGACAUCGAUGACUGGAUCGACAUUAAUCAUUCUGCUGAUAUCUACGUUCUUGGUUUACAAGAGGUUGUACCUUUGAAUGCUGGGAACAUACUUGCAGCUGAAGAUAACCGACCGGUUGCAAAAUGGGAAGAAGUGAUCAGAGAAGCAUUGAACCGAGUCAGACCGAAAAACUCUGGGGUUAAGAGUUACAGUGAUCCACCAACUCCAGGGAUAUUCAAACCUUUUGACGAAACACACGAUGUCAUAGAGGAAGAAGUCGAUUACGAGAGCGAUAGCGACGCUGGCCUGAGCCUCCUUUGAGCAUGUUAGGACCUUCUUGCGUUCUAGAUAGACAGCCUUCCAUGAAGUCAACGACGUCCUUACAAACAACAAAGUCUUUCAAGGCUUACAAUUCGUUUAAGCAUGUAGCCGGAAGCAACGUUGGUGUUGUUCCCCCCGAGGUAUUGGCUCUAGCGUCCAUGGACCUGACGUCGCUGAUGGAGAGGAAACGAAGACCGGCUUAUGUGAGGCUAGUGAGUAA